UGAAAGGCUUUUUGAAUCAGGGCAUGUCAUUGGCAUACAUAUGAUAUGUAUACUCGUUAUUGAAGCACUUUUAAGCACAUAAAGGCACAAGACUGAGAGGACCAAAAAUAAGAAGUUAAUGCAUGACAGAGAAUAGAGAUUGGUUUAUUGAAGGAGAAAGCAGCCAAAAAAAAAAGUUUGAUGUGAAGUGAAAGUUGCUCCUACAAAGGGAUAAACACAGGUUUUAAAUUUAAUUGGUGGAGUUCCAAUCAGCUUCAAGUGUUCUGUUGUGUGUGGUGUGUCAGCAAGCUAGACCUACCCAUAUAUCUCUCUCUCUCUUUCUCUCUCAUCUUCUUACUACUUUUUUUUAUUUAUUACCAAACCCAAAAGCAUUUGUAGCGAGUCUAUUCUUUCCUUAUAUAGCAUCAAACCUCUGCUCCCACUUCUGAGAAAAAUCUAGGCUUUUAUGCUUUUUUCAUAUGCAAUUCCAGAUAUAUAGCUAUUGAUCUGAGACAGAAGGUGAGAGAGCGAAAGAGACAAUUGAAGGGAACAAAACCAUCAUCACCUGAAAAAUUAUAUUCCCUCUUUGCCCUUCAUGGAUUCUUCCAGUGGAAAGCCAAGGCCAUCUGAUUCUUCAUGCAUCGUUUCUGCAUCCACCACUCUUCCAUUUCCAACAAAGCUGAGCCUAGAUAAUUACAACAUAUAUGCAGAAUCAGCACAAGCAGAAGAGAAUUAUGAUCAAAAAGCAGGAGAGAAAGGUAUAAGGCUUGACCUUAAGCUAGCAGGAUAUGCUUCUAGCCAACCAGAGCUCAAUCAAGAACUCAAUCUCCUCGACUGCUUAGAGGCAAGUGUAGUCACUCCGAGUUUUAACGGGUCAAGUUCCACUGAACAGAAGCUCUUCUCAUGCAACUACUGUCAAAGAACAUUCUACAGCUCACAGGCGCUUGGUGGUCACCAAAAUGCUCACAAAAGAGAGAGGACUUUGGCAAAGCGAGGGCAACGGAUGGCAUCUGCCGCAGCUUUCGGGCAUCCAUAUGGUUUUGCUCCGUUCCCCUUCCAUGGACAGUACAGCAACAGAUCCUUAGCUAUUCAGGCGCACUCAAUGAGUCACAAACCAAGUUCCUAUAACGUUUUUGGUGGUGAGUAUGGUCAGAUCAACUGGUCAAGGAUACCACUCGUUCAGCAACCAGCCAUAGGUAAACUACCUUCAACAGAGAAUCAUUAUAAUCAUCAUCAGAUGAUGAUUGCUCCACCGUUGACUUCCACAUGGGAAAACAUGGGUAGGUUCGAUGUAGGAAGGAUUCCAGUAGAGUAUCCAACUCCAGAAUUAUGGCGGAGAGGCGGGGAAUUGUUGAAGCCUGCUGAAGAAGAGCAGCAGAAGAACCUUGAUUUGUCCCUUAAGCUCUGAGAUUCUUUUCUUUUCUUUUUUGGGUUUUGCUCUGAAACUGUUUUUCUCGAGCCAAGCCUCUGCUCGAGUUUCCUUUGUACUGGUUUUUUUUUUUUUUUUUGUCAUUGAUACCUUCACCAGUAUUAUCCAAGGGUUAGUACUCUUGUGAGUAUAUUUUUUUCUACCAUAGUUCUGUGAUGUACAUCUUUCCACAUUUCAACAAGUACGAGUUUUAAACUAGA